AUGUUAUAAAUCAAAGCUCAUGUUAUUAUUGUCAUUCACUGCUUUUCCUUACUGUUUCUUCCUCUUUUUAUCAUAGAAUAUUCAUCUGAUUACGACGUAUCAUUCCCAACAUCAGAAAUCAGAACAUUCUCCAAGCGAGCUUUGUAUGAAAACCUGCAUGCCUUCACUGUUGCCUUCUGGAUGAAAACACGUGAUGAAGAGAACGCAGGCACUCCAGUUUCUUAUGCGGUCAAACUAGAUAAAUAUGUUCAGGAGAACGGUUUAGUUCUCAAGGAUUAUGGAAAUUUAGCUAUUCAAAUUAAUAACCAAACCGGUUACACCGCUGAUCGCUUGAACGACGGGCACUGGCAUCAUGUGGCGGUCACGUGGCAGAGUAGUAAUGGUAUAUGGGUGUACUAUCGUGACGGCAAAGAAGUAAAGCGUGCUACAGAACCCGUUGCGAAAGGUACGAUCUUGACCUGUAUAAGUCCUACACUGCGAACGGUUCCUCCUUUCCGCGGGUUUAGCUUUCCGGGCGUGCGAAGGGAAAGGAGGGACUGCCGACAACUGACAUCAAGAAACGAAAUACGCCCACUUUUCGCUCUUGUCAAGUUGGCCCCCCUUGGCAUGCAUAAACAUUACUUAUAUCCAAUUAAAUAUAUCCAAUAUGAACCGUUCAUUUAAGCCUAUCAUGCUUAUUUAUAAAAUCAACAUUCAGUCUGGAAAUUAUUUAUAGUAUAAUUACUACAUAUUAUAUUUGAUUGACAGGCACAUCGAUUUCGACCAAUGGGAAUUUUGCGUUGUGUGAGCCACGCGUAUUUCGUUUCUUGAUGUGUUGUCGUCAGUCUUUCUUCCGAGGAACUGCUCGCGGUCUAUAUACGUCCUGACGACAUGAUUCUCAGUUUCGCUCGCUAAAUAAGCUAAGCAUUUUCCACGCUUCUGUUACUGUUGGUCUGAUUAUUAAAAGUUUUUAAGCCCUGUUUAAACGGAUCCAACAUUGUUGGGCCAACAUCAUCCAACAUUGUUGAAAUAAUGGCCCACACGGCUUCUUUUUCAAAUAUUUUUGUCAUGACUAGGUUCAGAGUUUGAGUAAAGCUUAAUAUCUAACCAAAAAGAUUUGAAAGAGAAGCAGUCAUAUCUAUUAUAGUAACAUUGUUGAAUGAUGUUGGUACAACAAUGUUGGAUCCGUUUAAACAGGCCUUUAGUGUAAAAAGGACAAGUGGUGUGUUUAUAUUUUUAAGCUAAUGAAAUAUACUAUACUGACACUGAUUGUAAGGAGUUGAAUGGAGUCGUUUGCCAACAAACCAAAGUCACAUUUGCAGCUUCUUUAAUGAGUUGAAAAAAUAUAAUAAUGUAGUUUUGCAAUCAGUGCAGUUUGUCAGUGAAGAGCAAUUUAUUUAUUGUCUCAAGAAGUAACGUUUAAACAACUCCUUAUCGUAUCCUUGUGAUCUUUAGUCGUGUUUACACUACAAGCCUUGGCCUGGCCUUGACCAGGCCAAGGUAAAUGUGGCGCGUUUACACCAUUACACUAUUUUUUUUAGUCUGGCUCACUUUGGCCUAGAAUUUUGUAAUUAAUUUUGUGUAUUUUUAUGUGUUGUGACGUUGUCCGCUGGUUGUCCGCUAAUCUCUAACUGUGGACAUACGUUGCCAUGGAAAUAAGGCCCAGGCCAAGGCCGAAAGUGUUUUCAUUUCCACAAGCCUAGGCCAGGCCUAGGCCACCGGUUGUAGUUGGCCCAGAUUUCCUGGCCUAGGUCAGGCCAAGGCUAGGCCAAAGUCUGUUUACACUGUCAAAAUGUAGGCCAAGGCUAGGGCAAGGCUGGUAGUGUAAACACGACUUUGGAAAUUUUAGCCUUUCUUAUCCCAUUGGUGUAAUGCGUCGUGUUACAUUAUUAAACAAAUGUUUGAAAUUUAUCUUUUAAGGCGAUUACAUCAGAGGUGGAGGUCAUUUUGUGCUUGCUCAAGAACAGGAUUGGGAAGCAGAAGAAGACCAAUUUACCUACAAUCCUUAUGAAGCAUUCCUUGGUGACAUGAGUCAAAUGACAGUCUGGAACACAGUGUUGUCUUCGCAAGAUGUUUAUAAUCUAGCUGGGAGCUGUAUGAAUGCUAGAAAUGAUGCUGUAGUUAUAUCGUGGGCUGACUUUCUCCCUGGAUUUACUGGAGAUUAUAGGAAGACACCAAGGUCAAACGCUUGCCACUGUAAGUUGCCAAUGUCACAUGGAUUACUGGUGUGACUAAUUGCAUCUCACUAAAUCUACUGUAUUUUUUAUGUUUGUGAUUUUGCUCUUAGUGUGUCCACAUCGGGCAAGCUGAGUUUGCUUGACCGCGGUGGGAAUCGUACCAGCGACCUUUGGUUCGCUAGUCUAAUAAUGGCUCUACCAACUGAGAUACGAGUAGUAGUAACAGUAGCUGUUACAAUUACCCAACUGUUGCAAAUACCAAGUCAUAUACAUUAUAGUAUAAGUAUACUCGCAAAAGAUAGCUGUGAAAUUUUUUUUCUAUCUUUCAGUCUCUGCCACACUUCGUGGAUAUGACACAGUAUACAACGCCAUCCUCCCAUCCAACAACCACAGAACGUUGCACGAUGUCUCACCAGAUGAUUGUGGAAAGUCAUGUAACCAAGAAACUGGAUUUCAAUGUAGAUCGUUUGACUACCACAGUUCUUCACGGAAAUGUUAUUUAAGUAAAGCCUACCGUGAUACUGUUGCUGUCUCACACCCAGAUAAUACUGGAUAUGAUUACUAUGAGCUGAGUAAGUAUAAAUACUUCGAUUUAGGUAGCGCUGAACAUGCAAUAUUUAAUGAAUUCUUGUAUUUCAUUUGGCAUCAAAUCCACUUAAGUGGGGGUCAUAUGUCUGUGUCCAAGGUAAAGGACGGCUUUCACAUUGUUUAUAUUGUUUUAUAUUGGCUUUUAUAUAGUUGUUAGUGAACUCGUGGGAUGCGUUGCCAGCCCAGUUUUGUUGACCCCAGAUCAAUGGUUGACCCCCACUUGAGUAAAAUUCUGAUAAUAUAUCACGUCAUCGAAACCCAAGAAUUAAAGAAUGUGACUGCCCGAAAAUAAAGUUAUAUAGUAAAACUUUAAACGAAAGCCCUUUGUCAGAAAUUUAUGUAUACUACCAACAGUCGGAAGAAAGCAGUCGAUUUACACACAUACCCCCCCCCCGUGUCAGGCGACUGGAAUUCUAAUUUUUUUUGCUGAGAAAUGUAGCACUUUCCCCGUCAAGAAGUACCGUAUUUGUAUUUUUACAAGUACUCCUGUAUGGUCUCAGUAUGUCUACGAUCGCGUUUUUGAAUAUACUGUAUGCAUCCAAUAUUAAACAAUAAAAUUGUUGUGUAAAACAAGAUCAAUUUAUUUUCAUUUCUAAGUUUCAUUUUUAUCAUGCACCACAUAUCAGAAUCUAUUUUUUGGACAGGUCCAAUAAAUUGUGGUCUGCCUUUUUUAUUUUUCAACUCCCAAAAUGGUCUCACUGAGGUAUGACGUUACGGCAAAUCGCUAACUGAAAAUAGAAAACUACAAAUCGGUUGUGUCCUCGACCAUUGGACGCCAUUUUGUUUUUGUAGAAUUUCACCAACCAUUUUAUUUUUUACUUAGCAGGUCAAAUUUUCUUUUCGCCUGCCAUUCCUGAAAUAUGGCCUAACUUUGGCAGGCCGCUAUUUCGAGCCCUGCAUGUAACAUCGCCUUUACUAAACUAAACACAUCGUGGCUAAUUCUGACAACCUAUUAACUAUGUGACAACCUAUCAAUCAAUGCAUUUUGUAAUAGAUUGUAUUGAUAUGCUCGGUGUGGAAAAUCAAGUCAUCUCAGACUCUCAAAUGAGUGCAAGUUCGGCACGCUCCUCGCUCAGUAGUGCUAAACAUGCCAGAGCAAACGGAAUAAAAGUAAGCAACACUAAAGGAAUACCAGAUAGCGAUGGUGGGUGGAUUCCAAGCUCAUUUAGUCAAAGCCAAUAUCUUCAAAUUGAUCUGGGUAAGAAAAUGAAAGUUACUGCAGUGGAAACACAAGGAGCUGAUGGCCAUAAUUAUUGGGUGACGUCAUAUCAAGUACAGUUUAGUCAAGAUGGUAACUCGUGGUCAACUUUGUCUCAGGUAGAGUGUAUUGAAAGGAAAUUUUGAGAGAUGGCAUUCAUAAUGACGAAGAUAGUGGAGAUAAUAUACUUGUUUAUGUUUAUUCUAUAAAUGCAUUACUUUUAAGGUGGCUCCCUACAGUUUUCUAAAAUUUUAAGUAUUUUAGGUAACCUUCGUUUUCAACCAAAUUUAUAUUGAACACACUUAAGACAGGGCAAUAUAAUCAUCUUCAGGAAAGUUCAGAAGUCUUCUGCUGUCGAUAUAUGAACAAAUAGGAACAGUGUUAGUGUUGCUAUGACAACCAUGACGUUUCAUCUUUUGCACUUUUAUUGUCUAGUUUUACAAUCAAACGGUUGAAAAGAUUUAUGGUUGAAAGAGGAAUGACAUAUUAAAAUUUGAAUGGAUGUUUAUAAGGCAGGUUUUGAGAUAUUCAUGAAUAACGACUACAAAAAAUCUGUCAAAUAGAAUUUCUUGAAAUUUUGAUAUGUUUGGCGAAUCGUCAUGCUUAGCACAUGCACCGAAGGAAACGCGAGAAAAAUAGUCCUAAAUCCAGUUGAAGCUGUUGACGUGACAAAAUAUCGAUUCGACAUGAUCACUAUUUGCGCAUGCGUUUAAAUUAUAAUGCGUGAGGAACACCAAACGCGUACGGUUUAUAGUUGGCUUUUUUAGCAAUUUUCACUUUGAGUUUUUGGCUUUAAGUAUCACACAGAUAUUUUUUACUUAUUUGAAAUGAUAUAUAUGCAUAGUAUAUGUUCAAAAUACGAAAAAUUGAGAACACAAUAAUGCACUGACUUAAUCCAACGUUUCUUAAAUUUAGUUUUGUUGUGAAAAUCGGUGUGAAAACUUUUCAAAACAUUCAAGUAGAGUUUGACUUUUCGUAUAAAACAACUGGUAACUGUCUGCAUUAUAGUUUUAUUGGAUUUACAUGUGAACUGAGUUGAAUGACAGGUUUUACGUAAGUUUCAGUGACAGUGUGCCUUGAAGACAGUAUAAAAUAUAAUUUCAGUCCGUGACACUGUUGUUGAACAUUGUGAGCAUUAUGAAAUACCGUACUGAACGUAUUAAAUAUAUAAAAAAACACACUGAAGGUAGGUAAAAAACUAGCUAACAACAUACGUACUGUUCGAAUGUUGAAAAGUUUAGGAUUAUAAUAAAAAACUGGCGUUUUCUUUGUAGAUAAAAAUACAAAAACAAAUUCCCGCGGCUUGUUUCAAGAUUUUUACCGGGCCACGAAGAUUCCACGCGCGAGUCGCGAGGAUGACGUCUGAGCUAUAUAAAUGUUUUAAACUGGACUAUAACUGUAGGGAGCCACCUGACUUCAACACCACAACCACCAGACGUUGUAUUUGUUAAUUUCAGCGUACUCGAAGAUCAUGGAUGUUUAUUUAUUCACAGACUUUCAGCGGCAAUUCUGACAACAAAGGUCGAAAGAAGAAUCAAGUAAAUAUACAAGCUCGGUAUAUUAAAUUCAAACCCAAAACUUGGAAUGAUGGGAUUGGAAUGAGGGUUGAGUUGUAUGGGUGUUCUCUUGGUAAGUAUAUUGUAUUUUAUCCUAAACCAAAUAAUGGAUGAUUCCAGCUAUAGACGAAAUUUUGAUCUAGACAAGAAGAACGAAAUUACCAUAGCUGGAAAGAGCAUCUUAAAAUGAGUAAAAUUGCAAAGUUUGGUUGCGAAUUGUUGUAAAAUGAGGAAAAUAUAGCUCUGUGAAGUUCGCGAAUUUUGCAUUUUUUGAUCCGAAAGUGGUUAUUUUUACCGCGCGUAAUUCAAAUAUAUACAAAAUUUGCGAACUUCACAGGGCAAUAUUUUCUUCAUUUUACAACAUUUAGGAACCAAAAUUUAGUCUAUAGCCAGAAUCACCCAUCAUGCUGCAAAAUUGCUUUGUUUGUAUACGUUUCUUUAAGAUGUCCCAGAUAUUUCCUAAAUUUUCUCGCUAGAGAUAAGACCACUUAUUUACAAUGGAUUACACCGUCUCGACUUCGGGCUACUGUUUAAUUAAUUAAUUAAUUAAUUUAAUUAAUUAAUUAAUUAAUAAAAUUAAUUAAACUAUUUUGUGUGGAAUAAGGUAAAUUCGGUAGCCAAACAUUUGCAAGUAACAAGAAUGGCUGGCGUUUUUAGUGGAUUUUCUAUUAAAAUUAUUUAUAUCAAAAUUAACUAUUUCGCAUGUGACCUACAUAACUGUUUCAUGUAUAUUAUUAAUCCUUAAUAGUAUAGAUUCUCGUGCAAUUUGGAAAACAUACAUUCGUGAGUUUUUCAAAGACUUCAACGUCCGAAGGAGUGUGCAAUUUGAAGUCAUCGAAAAACUCACAAGUGUAAAUGGCUCCCAGGCUCUAUUUACCCUGUAAGUCACUGGCAGGCGCGGGAAAAUAGAGCCUGGGUCUUCUGUGAAGGGCCUUCGCUCGAAACGUCGACGUUCCGCUUACAUUUUUCCCAUAAUAUCCAUGGAUUGUUUGUCAUACAACAGUUUGUCUAUUGUCAAUAACUGAAGAUCCUUUCCAACAAUCUCUCUCAAACCGCAGCCGUCUAAUGGUGGCAUGUAUGGAAGAGGUUAUUUCGCUCGCCUCAGAGUACAAAAAAUAACAAAACAACGGUUUUAGUAAUACUCACCGACCCUAACCUACACCUACACCAAGUUUGUUUCUAAACCAAUCUUGAAGAAAAAUGUUUUGACGAAAUGUCAUUCUGAGGUCAGCUUACUAACCUUUCCCGGCAUGUAUAUGGAUCUUCGGCAAGGACAGUUAGAACCGAAUGAGAAACAGUCUAUUUAUAUAAUAGCAUAAUUAAUGUAAUUAUUUAAUUUGUUGCACUUCUUACUGUAUACACGAGCUAUAUUUCGAACUUAUGAACGUUUUAUUUAACAGAUAGACAAGAUUUUGUUGUUGUCUGUUCAGUUAUAGAUACACAGUAUGACGUCAUAAUGUAGGAAGAACAAAAAUAAAGUAUACUUUUUAUCCACCCAAACAUUUGGAAAUUUGAGAAAGUCGGUCGCGCACUGCAUGAUCUAGUCAGAUAAGGGAAUGCUAUUGGAUAAGAUUUUGUGUGACGCAAUUCCGUGCGUCUGUCCUCAUGAUCAUGGCUCUCGACCAAUGAAAGCGCUUGAAUUCUUAAUAUUAUUAUAUAAAUUUCAUAUAGAACCAGAGGGUGCUCCUUCAGAUAUGUCCAGUGUCAAGGCAUCUCACUCAGGUAUGAUGGUUGCAUCAUAUUGAUUUGUUAUCGCUGGCAUUGCUAAUAACAAUAGAAAAAGGAUUCAGAGAAUUUGGUAGACAUUAAUUGAACUGCAUACAAGCUUGCGCGUAAGUGGAGCAAAAAGGUGGGGGAAAUAAAUUUAAAAGCAAGAAAUAUGUAAAAUGCAAGAAAUCUAUUCUUUUGAUUAGUCGUGCAAAAUGCCCAAUAGUCGGGCAAACGUUUCUUCCUGCCCCCUAAUUUUUCCCGCCCAUACCCCCUUUUUUUUGCAUUGGCACUAUAGUAUUAUCAGUACUGCUAUUUUGGAUAAGUUUAGCUUACUUACUUAAUUUACUUUGUACUAUUUAAUGAAAAGUAUCACCAAUCAGAUACAUCGAAUCAGCAAAUACAUUGGCUCGUAGGUAAAGAUGGUAUAGACCCAUUUCACUGACGUCAAAAAUCCUUAGAAUGUCCUCCAGAUGCUCCCUGGUAAUAUCUGUUCGGGUACAACAACCACAUACAGCGCAAAAAUUAACCAUUUUAAUACAAAAUGAUUAUAAAGUUUUACAAAAUUUGCCUUGUUUACAAACGUUAUAUUAUGCAUAGAUUGCUAAUUUGUCCUCCCGAUGCAUCGUCACCGGCGCUGUGAUGUCAUGUGCAAUGGGUCUAUAGCCCUAAGAUCAAUUUCUUCAUAUUUUCAGGUUCAUGUUCUCCCAACCCAUGCCAUGGCGCAGCGUCAUGCAUUGCAGUGCCAUAUGGAUAUGUCUGCAAAUGUCCCUCUGGGUACACAGGUCGUAACUGUCAAACAGGUAUAUAAUUUCUAUUAUAAUAAUUAUAUAUAAUUACAAUAUUUAGAUAUAUAAUUACAGGUAUAUAUCUUCUUUAUUAAAUGCUUCCAAGUGUAGAUUUCUGUUUUUCGCUGUUUCUUCAUAAUGUACAUAGUUUGAAUACUCUUUGAAGUUUAUUCCGUACAAGUAGACUGUACUGUUCAUUGCAUACUCAUCCCAGUGGCCUCGUUUUCAUGUGGUUAUUUCCUCAUUUAGUUCAUGCACAGUACAGUUAGGGAUAGGUUUGUGAUUCGGUUCAAGAUCAAAGAGAAUCAGAAUUGUGUACGAAACAUGGGGAUAUAACUUUUAUAUACGCCUGUCAUGCUAAAACAAGCAAACAUGGAAAUGAGGCCAUUGAGGCAAAAGUGCAAUACACAAUGUAAACAAUUAAAGUGAUUUAAUUGCAACAAUUCUAUACAGCCUUUCUCUAACAAGUAGAAGUUUUACUUUGAGCUGCUGUAUUUUGACUUUGAGUUUGUACUAACCUAAACCGUUUAGCAGGAAGUAAAUUUCCUGACGAAUAACUCUUGAUCAAAAUUAAUCUUACUAUUUUAAGUAGUAUAUUUUAGAUAAACUAUUACCUUCAAUAGAUCGAUAUUCUUUCAUUUGAAAACAGAUGCUUGGCUCCGAGGAAAAUUUAUCUAUUAUUUUGUUCAACUUACCUAAUUAUUUCUAGAGAUGGGAUGCAACGUGCCUGGAACUCCAGUUAACGGCAAACGAAGCGGGACACGGUUCACGGCCCGCAGCACUGUCCACUACUCAUGUAACUCGGGAUACCAACUUCAUGGAGCUUCUAGUAUAACGUGUUCAAAAGGAAAAUGGUCUGGCGCAGUGCCAUGGUGUCAAAGUAAGUGUUAUUUACUUCGUUUGGAGGACUUUUUAUAGUAACAUUCGUGUAACAUGCAUUCUAAAUCUGAAAAUGGGAGCGGCACUAGAUUUCCGCAAGUCGUAACUUGGGUUUAAACACUAAGGGGAUGUGGAGUCGCUUUGCCCAACAAAAAGGCUGUGGUGCAUGGGAGAAGAACGUAAAGAUGGUGCGAAAACUAAAAACGUUUACGGGGAUCCCAAGGGUAGCAUCGUAGACAUUAUCCUCGCCUUCAGGCCAAUGCUACGUUGCUCUUCGCAGUGGAUCUGGCGCCGUGCGCCUAGGGACUUGUAUCGAAUGCCAAGGCAUGAGAUCCCUAGCGGGGUAUGGAAGCAUGCUCCCCAGAAAAUUGUAAAAAUUAGAGUCAUGAAACGCCAUUUCAUGCACUUUGAGGGAAGGUGUUACAAUUUGAAUGUAUUUUGCCCAACAACUUGUUGAAUAUUUUCCCUACAAAAGCUUUUCUCAAACAUUAGGGGCUGUCACACAACCCCCCCCCCCUUCUCCACCCUACCCUCAAGUUUUACGCAUGUACACAUACGCUUGGUCUUUUAAAACACGCUUAUCAGAUAGUACUUCAGCAAAAAUAUCUAUGAUUGAUAUGUGUUUCAAUUUCUAUUUAGAUAUAAACGAGUGCACAGCGGGAACAUCAGAAUGCAACCAUCAUUGCACUGACUUUCCGGGGACUUUCAAAUGUUCAUGUGUUGCUGGAUACAGACUGAGCAACAAUGGAAAGACUUGCCAUGGUAUAUAAUUGUUGCAUUUCUCAAUUACAUUACUCACCUCUUUUCAUUCUCAUUACUCGCAUCGUUCAAAGAUCGCAUUUAGACAUAGACCUAGACGUGGGCAUGCAUGCACUUACGUCACGGGGAUUUAUCGGAACCGAAACGAUAAAAACAGCCAUAUCAGAAAUUUAGGAGGCUUUAUCCCUCUACCGGAAAAAAUCAUCAUCGGUUUAUUUUGUCCGCGACGAAACUCUUGCCACCCAUGUAAGGCGAUUCCUGGGGAGGUAAGUUAGCUAGGAAUUAUCCAAAAUAAGUCGAACACGUUAAUUCUUUCCCAAAUUUGGACAGUUCAUCAAUUAAACUGCCAUCACAGUGACACAGCUCCCUAUAACAAGCGAUAUUGUGUAUUCAAAAUAUUAACCGUAGGUUUUUCCUUUUAAGACAUCAAUGAAUGUUCAGAGAAGGUCUGCAGUCACGGUUGUAUCAACAGGCAAGGAUCUUUCCAAUGUACCUGUCCUUCCGGAAUGGUACUGCGUAAUUCUGGAACGAGAUGUGAAGGUCAGUUUUAUGCAACAUUUUGUAUUUGUGAUGAAAACAAUCAAAACUACAACAUCAACGAUAACAAUAUCAAACGAAAUGAGGAAAACACCAACAAUGACGAAAAAAAGAUGAUCGCAAACAAAGAUUAUUUAUUUAUUUAUUUGUUUGUUAAACUUCGCCAACAGAUACGUGCAUACAAACAAACAUGACAUUACAACAGCAGAACAUAUACAUUACUUCUGAAUCUAACAACGAAUGGCGGGGACACCACAGCAGUAUAAACCAAUUACUGCGGGCCCUUGUUAACAAAUAUAACAAACUAUAAAAUCGAAUUCUAUGGAUAGCAAAGGCCAUGUUACACGAGGCUACCUCCGCUGCAAACUGCAGAUAAAAAUCGUAAAGGAUGGAAAAUGAAAGAAAUAGAAUAAAGGAUGUCGUUCCGUUUAGAUAGCACGGGUCUACAACAAAACCCGUUCUGUAAAUCGCAGUAAAAAUUGUCGUAACAACGAAUUGUUGUUUUAUGACAACAGUCAUGGUUAUUGAGUAACAGAGCAGUACGAAUACGACCACAAUAUUCGUUUAAUUGGAUACGCCACAUCAUCCUCUUUUCUUACGUCAUCAUGCAUGUACUGACGCCUUAUGAAUUUCAUAGCCGUACCCAAAUUCACAUUAGAGCUGUUCAGAUUUAACUUCCACCACUGCUAUCUCUCACUUGCUCUGUGUGUACCUGAUUGGUUAAUCGAGUAGGUGAAACGCAGCUGAUUGGUUAAUGGUCCCUUAAUGAUAGAGCCUCUGAACCUCUCUAAUGAUAUUGGUAGUUCUGAUAAAUCUUCUAAUAAAACAACGGAAUGGCGAAAGAAGAUGACGAACAUGUGGAGAGAACGAAUCUCGUCGCCAAAUCAGACAACGACAAUAACAAUAACAAUGACAACAACGACGACGAUCACAGCGACGACGACGACGGCAACGAUCACAGCGACGACGACGACUACAACGGCAACGAUCACAGCAUCGAUUACAACGGCAACGAUCGCAGCGACGACAAUGACAAGCAGAACAAAAACAAUCACGACAAACAAAGAUCACAACGAGAAAUUAGACAACGACAAGCACGAAAACGAUCAUAACGGCAACGAUAAAAAGGACAAUGGUUUGGUUAGGUAACGUCAAUGUGCUUUGAAACUAAAUUGUAAGUCGAGUUUGGUUCACUUGGUUGUCUUCUGCGUUCUCUUAUAAACGUCCUUCUUCAUCAACAACAUGACCCCGACUAUAACCGCUGUUACUUCUAUUUGUAUCUAUUUGUUUCUAUUUGCAGACAAGAAUGAAUGUGCUUCAAACAAUGGUGGCUGUGCUCAUCACUGUCUCAACACCUACCUUGGCCGUCAAUGUUACUGUAAACAUGGCUAUAUACUGCAAAAUGAUGGCGUUGCUUGUGAAGGUAAUGAUAUCCGACGUCGCGAAUUGUCAAUGGCGGAGCUAGCCAUGGCAACUGGUCUUGCUAUGCUAAUAAACCUGCAUCUAAAUAGCCUAAAGACAAUACAUUUCAAAAGGUUCGAAUAGUUCAAGUCAUUGAAAAUUUGCAAAACAUGACCUGUUGCUAUGAGAAUUAGAAUUGUACGUGGUCUGUUAUGGCUAAAGGGAUAACUAAAUAACCUUUCAUCGACAUCGAGAAUUGAAUGUUGUUGAGAAGCCUCGUCCGAAGCGAAAGAUGUUUGUGUGUGCUUCCCUAACAAUAAUUAUUGUCUAACUAGAAAAUACAUGCAUGCAGAAACCCUCGCCUCACUUGAAUGGUAACACGAUAAUUUUAUUAAGAAUAGUUUUGAAAUUGAAAAAUCCUCCAAAAUAUCACGUUUAAUUACAAAAUGAUCAAAAUUUCCCAAACAUAUGUACGCUUGGUAUGUUAUUAUACGUAGUAUAAGCUUCAAUUUAAUGUAAAAUUCAACCACAAACGCUUCGCAAAACGUUUUAAAAUGUUCUUUAUAAAACUAAACUGCCUUUUAUCGCUAAACAUUAAAUUUGAAAUAAACUGAUUUCAAAUUCUUGCAUGAAAAUAACUUUGCUUUUCUCUUUAUUUAUGUAAAGAUUUUAAAAUAAUAAAAAAGGGUAAUCAGUUUUUAAAGGUCUUUAAAGCAAUUAUAAAGCAAACAAUACAUCAAUAUUAAUAACAAACUUACCUUCAUUAACGUCUGCGACUCAAAGGGGUGCAAUCGUCCAAUACACAGAAAAACCAUGGGUCCAACCUUCAGAAAAUUUCUAUUUUUAGGGUUUGCGAGACGCUAUUUCGUGCAUUUUAGACACGUUUUAUGAUAAUCUAAAAGCCACAAAUUUGGUAUACUUUAUGUCAUUGAUGCAAGAAAUGCGAAUAAGGAUAACAGUUUUGUCCAGUAUUAUCAUAAUGACAUAAUGUAGAAUAUCGAUCCCCAUUACAAAAUGACAUCUUUUGUUGUCCUUUUCUUCAGAGGUCAGAUGUCCUAACCCAGUUCAUCCAAGUAAUGGCAAAUAUUCAAUGAAUGGUGCUUCAAUUCUUGGAAACUCUGUGUCAUUCUCUUGUACUGACGGCUACAAACUUGUCGGAUCAGAUGAAAGGAUUUGUAUGGCUGAUAGACAAUGGUCUGGGGUUCAGCCUCAGUGUAAACGUAAGUUAUUAUUUAUAUUUAACAAGUACCAGAAACAAAUUGGUGAGGUGGUGAUACCUAAUGAAUAAUAAGUUUCAGGCCAAUUUUCAGUCAGCGCCAUCUACUGCAUAUUAAGUGCGCUCAUGAAGACAUGUCGACGCUGACAUUUAAAUAUUAGCUCCAUCAAGAAGUCCUAAUUAAAAGAACGAAUCAUAUUGUGGUCAAGUCAUUCCGCCUGCUGGACCGAGCCGAUUGGCUUCAGACCGGGAUGAAUGUAAACACAAGUACAAUUCAGACCGGUCUCAGCUGUAGCCUUGACAUUGGAACAACACAUGCUAACAAAAGCCAUCUAAAAAAGAAAAUUGCAUGGCAAGGGGGAAUAAAUUGAAAUGUUAGUUAUUUUCGUCCCGGUCUCAUGUAAACGGGGCCUUAGUUUCACAGUAAAACUUGGUGGGCAAUGCCGAACUCCGGAAAUAAAUAACUUAUUAAGAAAUAUCAUUAUAUUAUGUAGCUGUUAAAUGUGUGACUGUUGGUACCGUUGAUUUUUCCAAACGUCACAUCACUGGCAGUGGCAACGGUUAUAACAGCCGGGUGACGUUCACAUGUUACUCAUCCUACCGACUAUUGGGAACUGCUGCAAGAAAAUGUGAUAAGACCAGCACAUGGAGUGGAGAACAACCUCUUUGCGUGCGUAAGUACAGUAUUCAGCGAUUAUGAUUUUUUGGUAGAAAGGGGUUUCGUCAUCAACCGCAAAUCAAGUGUUAUACUGACAUGGUAUUUCUUGGAAGUAAAAAUGUAGAAAACAAUAUGCUAUCUUAUCAGACUCAAUGUCGGCCAUCUGCUUUUUUAUGCCCUUUAUAUAUACGUUACUUGUUUAAAAGUUCGCGCAGUACUAGAAUUAGCGCAGCGCUGGCCAUGGGUGCGCGAAUUUUAGUACAGCGCGAAAGGCUUUGUGGUGUAAUAUGAGACACUCAUCUUUAGUAAUGCAAAUCAGUUGAGUUAUUAACUGAUUUGCUUUACUAUUUGCAUUAUGUUAUUGCAUUAUGAGAACCCUACAAUAAUUUUUUCAGUUCUUGUUGGUAUUUUGAACACACGCGCUUUAUUAAUUGGUAUCAUGAAUUUAGCUUACGUUACAUAAUUUUGAAGCCAUUUUUUGAGGCCACCUAUAAUCGCUUUUUGAUUAAGUUUUAACAAAUAUUGAAGUAUCUGUUGAUAAUAAAUACUCAUUAUAAAUGCGUUAAUUGCUCAUAGGUCUAUUAAACAAAACCAAAAAGAACGAACACGGAAAAUUACUUGCGCGAAUUUAAAGCUGCGCGAAUAAGUCUCAACAAUGUGCCCGAAAUUAAAUCGCUCGAAUUUAAAGCUGAGCGAAAAUGAGUACGACGCGAAUUUUAAUACAAGUAAGGUAUGUUAAUUAUUACUGAGACUUUACUGAGUUUUCCAAAAACUAACCUUGAUUAAUUUAAUUAAUGUGAUGUAAAAACUAGAACAGCUUUUAGUGAUGUAUUAGCAUAGUGUUCAUGCAAUAUUCACUGAACUCUGCAUGAUUAAGGAUUUUUGAGACUGCGAAUAAUUAGAAUAAAUCUGCCGAUCGAAUGCCAUUUGGUAAACUUGGUAAGACAACAUAUCUUGGGCAAGAGUGCAUCGUUGAGCUCGCGAGAAACCAUGCCAUGAACAGAACAUUGUAGCAUAUUUUGUUGCUCCGACGUUAAACAGGCUAUAAAUGUGAAGCAAUGGUAAAUUAUGUUUGUGAUGUUACUCUGAGUGUAUAUCCACACCGGGUAAGAUAUACACUCAGAGUAACAUCACAAAUAUCAAAUUCACCUGAGUACACAACACCAACACAGAAAAAAAUAUGGUAAAUUACUUUACUAAGUCGAUAUUUGUCGUUUUCUUACUCAUUUUCAAAGCGUAAUCCAGGAAAUCAAUGUCUUACUAUAAUAUGUCAGCCAAUGCAUACAGUAUAUACAUGUAGGCCACUUCUUCUUUCCACACAAUAAAAUAAAAAUGCCAGCAAUCUGAAUGCGUAUGUGGCAUAAUUUUGCCAUCAUCGAAAAUCAAUGUAGUAAUAUUUCAGGAGGACUGCAUGCAUGGUACUCAAGUGUUUUAAACACGUAUACAGUAUGGCUUCUUCAUAAUAAUUAUCGGAAAAUGAUAAGCUAUUGUUGGUAUGAUAGAAUCGGUCCAUAUUUAGAUAAAGUUCACUCUGAUCAGGUUGGCAUGUCAUCCAAAACAUUUUUUUUUUAUUAAUCUUCGACAAUUUUCGCCCUGAUGCUUCCCUGUUCUGAGAAAUGGUUUGUGGGGGGCCUCAAAAUUGCCCCGUGCAUGUUGAUGGGAAUUUCUCGACCUAUAAAAAUCAAUUUUCCGUCGUAGUAUUUCCAAAUUUCGUGUCGACUGACGGGAGGAGGGGGGCAAAAGGGAAACAUCGCCAAACAUUUUCGCGAAACUAUUACAGAUGGCUGUAUCGUAAUUGUCUCUCCCAGAAAAAGUUCAAUAGUUUGCUAUGAAACAGAAUCUUGUGUGAUGAAAUUAUUGGGGGGGAGGGGGAGGGCGACGGGCUCUCCGGUCCCCCGUUGCCAAAAAUGAUGUAAUCGAUUAAUUGGUUAAUGUUUGACCUUUUUUCUCAGCAAACUAUUGUCCACCACUUCAAGCCCCAGCUCAUGGCAGAAUAAAUGGAUUCAGAACAGAGCAAGAUGCCACAGUUGGUGUUGCAUGUGAUGUUGGUUAUCAAGUGAAGGGAACAUCUUUCAGAACAUGUCAACAAUCACGACAAUGGUCUGGAUCUCAUCCUACAUGUGAACGUAAGUAUAGUGGCAGUUGAAAUCGACGAAAUUCAUUCAAUCUGCUCUAAGUAAGAUAUAUAUUGUCCCAACGUAACUCGAUCUUCACAGUAUAUACUCGAAGGAUACCGUCAUACUCGAUAAAAUGGAGGUAUUUUUAAGCCUGGUUCCCAUAUGCUCAUAACGGUCGUAAAGAUUGAGUCACGAUUCUCAUCAGCCGAAAUACAACAUUUUAGAACUGAGAAUACGCGCAUUGAUUAUAUCUAGAGAAUACUUAUGAUUUAUAUAUGCUUUAUAGGUGUUUUAUUAUAAAUUGGCCAUUGAGGAAGAUCGUGACUCCAUUUUUACAAACAUUACGACCAAAUGGAAACCAGGCUUUAUCGAAGAUAGCUUACCGUUACCUCUCCCUAUCCAAAGUAAAAAUAAUAUUUGAUCGGAAAUUUGACUGUAUACGGGCAACAGCGCCAAUCUUUAUGUUGGCAAGAAAAUCAAAAAACAUAUUCUCGAUCAACAACAAUACAAUGUAUAUGAAAUCCAUUCUUACCUGGAUUAGCUUUUCUCGUUAGAACUGAGUGUAUGUUGAUGAGUUUUGUUGAUGAAAAUCUCGACCGUAAUUAUAUACAUGUUUACUUAGAUGUUAGUAAGUACGUCUUGAGAUCACGCGACGGCGUAGCAUACCAAAGUGCCUGGAUACGAGCCUGGAAUAUACAGCUGUUUACUUCGAUCUCAGAAAAUAAUUGUUUUAUUGCUCUUUUUUCAGUUGUGGAUUGCCGUGAUCCAGGUGUACCACGCAAUGGUUAUCGUCAUGGCAACUAUUAUAAAUAUGACUCGACCAUCAACUUCAGCUGUAAGGUGCAACAUCACCUGGAAGGCGCACGUGAAAUCAAAUGUAAAGCUAACGGAAAAUGGAGUUCACCUACUCCGGAAUGUUUAGGUGAGUUGUCGUAUUUUGUUGCUUACCUCAGCAAAGAGGUUAUGGUUUCUCCUUGGUGUGUCCCUGUGUUUGACCGUCAGCAAGCUAAUAGCCGUAACCAUGGUAAAGCCUAUUAUAAAUGUGUCAUCCAUUUUCUGUCCAAAUUCAACCAACGUUUGAUUGAUCUGUUCUUGGCUACUCAGGAUUGUGUAAAAUAACUGUAGAAUGCGUAAUACGCAUAGAUGCAUGAUUUAUGCUUCAAUACAUGGCUUUCGCUGCCGGAGGCAUUCGCUGCCGAGUCCCUCGAGCGGUUUUACAUAAUAAGCUUUGGUUAUUCCCAGUAUUUAACCAGCAGCUUAAGAAGAUUUAUUCAUUACAUUUUUGGGUUUUGAAUGUGUACAUACAGCUUACAUAUUUCGGGUUGAAUGCAUCAUGUAAUACAUUUUACAGCAAUGAUUGUUGAGCAAGCCUGCAUGAUGGUAUCAUGGUAGGUAUCACAUGAACGUGGCAAUUCCCUAUAUUCGAGCACAGGGUACCCUAUGCGCGAACGAUCCUCGAAUUCCGUAUUCGCAGUAUAGCAUACCCAAUCUCGGUCAACAAUUGUACAUUGCCAUGACCUUUUAACUAUUUCUGAUGAUACUACAUAGUUCAAUGCAUAUUGAAUGUGUAUAUUUUAGCUCGAUCAUGUGGAAAUCCAGGUGUUCCAUACAAUGGAUUCAAACAUGGUUCUGCUCAUACAUAUGGUAAAAAUGUCACCUACACAUGCCAGCAAGGUUAUACACUGGUUGGUCAUCGUAUGAGGACGUGUGAGCAGAGCACAGCAAGAUGGACUGGAUCUCUACCUUCUUGUAAUUGUAAGUAUAGUUUUGGUUGAGUGAAGUGCAGUAAAUACAAUUCAAAAGUACAAUAUUUUGCUUCCUGGUGAUCAGUGGUGGUCACUUCGUGAAUUUUUGGGAGGGACUAAUUAGCUUGCUAACAUGUCGCCACUUUUAGUAGCUGGAAAUCUUAAAACGUUCGGCCUUAAUUUCCAUGCAACCUAUAGUUGCAUUUGUCGUAGCUGUUCCUGGUUAGGUCUAAUAAUGUAUAUAAAUAUCCACUCAAUCCAUCAAUUAUUAUUCAAUCAAGUAAGAUGCCAACAAAAUCUUGAUAUUGGACCAUAACCUAUACAUGGCAGUACCCUAGUAUAUAUGCAUGAACUUGUGGUUAUCUCGACAACUGGCCUCUGUGGCUCAGUAUUAGUAUGUAAGAGCGCUGCACUGGUAUCGCAGGACCGCAAGUUCGAUUCCUGCCAGGGACCUAUAGUUGCAUUUUCGCAACUGCAUGUUCCUGGUUAGGUCUUACCAUAUAUGUAUAUAUGAAUAUCCACUCAAUAAUUUCCAUCUACAAGACCCUUCAACCAAUAUAUCACUUGAUUUUUAGCCUACCAAUUAUUUCAUGGUUGAGAAAUUGACAAAUUGUUACAGCUUUGUUACACAGUUAUUCAGCCAUCAUUCGAAAGCGUUCAGAAAUUAUUGGAGGGGGAUUGGGGGUGACCACCACAAAUCUACAGUGAUAUUCUGUCAUGGUAAAAGAGGUUCUUACAGCUUCUAGUUAUUGUUGGCAAAGCACACGUAUUGUCACGAUAGAAGUUGAUUAUCAGGUGCCCUUCUUUUGUCUAAAUAAGCUGGUGAAUAACCACUGAGAUUAUACCAAGUCUUAUUUAAUCUCCUGUUUAAAACAUUAUAAAACUCGUUAGAAGAGGUGUGGAAGCUGUAGUAACUGCUUGAAAACUAGUAGUUUUCAAGCAGUUAGCAAUUUGAUUUGUACAGAACUUGACAGAUCUCAAAAUCUCUUCUCAUUAUAAAUAUUCUGGUUUCAAAAUUGGCUAAUUGGAUUCAAACGGAUGCUUCAUUUAGUCCUAGUUUUUAUUCAGCGAGUCGUGCAAUCUAAGACUCUCUAUACAAUGAGUAAAAACUCGUUCAACGUGUCGAGCGAAAAGCAGCAGAGAGGAUCAGAUUUUGACUUCCACUAGCGCUACCGUUACCAUUAACCACUCAGAUGCAUUUAAUCUACCCGAUUAACCAAUCAAAUGCAUAUUAAGAGGUAGCGGUAUCUUCUAUUAUUACCCUCGAAAACAUCAUCGAAGUGUUCUGAGAAUUUCUCAGGUAUUGAAAACGCAAUCUAUGAUAGCUACUAUCAUUGUAGCAUUCCACUGGACCUCCAAAAUUGGGAAAAAGUCUAAACCAAGACAUAAAAUAUCGAUCAAGUAGGUCGAUAAAAUACUCUUUAAGUACGCCAGUACUGACAUUCCUGUUGAAAAAAUGAAUGGUAAUAUACAAUACAAUAGUCAAUAGUCAAUACAAUACAAAAACUUUAUUUAAACUCGAAUUUGGCAGUAUUUACAAAUAGGUAAUUUCUUCGAGCAAUAUAUAUAUACUAUCAACUAACUCGUAAGAAUGUAUAUGCACUAUACUGGAUUUCACUGACUAUUCAAUGUUUGAAUUAUUGAAAGAGCUUCUAUUUUUUUUCUAAAGUAUCCGGAGUUCUACAGUUUUCUGGUAAUCUAUUCAUCUUUUUGUUGACUCUUUGAUAUAUCCUCCUUCUGUAGUGGUGAACUGUGGUGAGAUACCUGCUCCAGCUAACGGCUUCAGAGUCGGAUCAUCAUUUACAUAUAACAAAGUAUUGGCAUUUGAUUGCAAUCCUGGGUACAAGUUAGUUGGAACACAAUACAGAAGAUGUCAGGAAGAUGGUUUGUGGAGUGGAGCUGCACCUACUUGUGUUGGUAAGCAAAUGAUACGGGUGGACUAGAAUGGAUAUAUUGCAAACGCAUUUUAUAUGCAGUUCACACAUGCAGCGAGUUUAGUCACAAUCUGUCAAGAUAUGAUGGUCUGGGGCCGGUUGUAUAAAAAAAUGAUUAAAGUUAACUAUAGUUACUGGAAAAGUCAAGCAUUCAGAAUCGAGUACUUUAGAGUUAACUAUUAUAAUUUAGUACAGGUAAUAGCAUAGUUUCGAAUGCAAUUUGGAUAUAACAUGCACGAGUGAGUUUUUCAAAGACCUCAAAAUAGCACGAGUCCGAAAGACGAAUGCUAUUUGAGGUCUUUGAAAAACUCACGAGUGCAUGUUUAUCCAAAUUUCAUGAGACUACAAUGCUAUCACGUAUUAAUAAUUUACAUAAAAGUAUUCGAGACAAUCAAAUUUGAACUUGCCAAGCGUGGGAAUCUUUCCACACCGCUAAAUGCGGCCAUGUUUGUUUUGAAAAAAGAAUAUUUUUUUAUUUUUCCCGCCAAAACUUAGCUCUAUUUUGAUUGGUUUUUGCACUGCUGUUUGGAAUUAACUUCACUGAAAUCAACCAAUCGCAGACGAGAAUUACUUUUAUGUAUGAUAUUAUCUACAAAACGGGAAAAUAAACAAUUAUUAGAAUGUUAGGGUUUGUAAUCCAAGUGAUUAUAUACAUUUUAAGACCUGACCAGGAACGACUGCGAAAAAUGCAGCACAAGGUCCUCUGAUAGGAAUCGAACCUACGGCGCUGUGAUUCCGGUGCAGCGCUCUAACCAGCUGAGCUACGGAGGUCAGCUGCUGAGCUGUAACCGUAAGUUUAUGUAUAUAUAGGUAAUCGGGUGUGCGGGUUGUGAUAAGGUGGACUUGAAUGAUGUGGUUUCUUUGCAUUUCACUUGGUGGAAUUAAUAUUAGAAUGUUAGGACCUUGUGCUGCAUUUUUCGCAGUCGUUCCUGGUCAGGUCUUAAAAUGUAUAUAAUCACUUGGAUUACAAACCCUACUAUUAAUUCCACCAAGUGAAGUGCAAAGAAACCACAUCAUUCAAGUCCACCUUAUCACAACCCGCACACCCGAUUACCUAUAUAUAUAUACAUGAACUUACGGUUACAGCUCAGCAGCUGGCCUCUGUAGCUCAGCUGGUUAGAGCGCUGCACCGGAAUCGCAGGGCCGUAGGUUCGAUUCCUAUCAGAGGACCUUCUGCUGCAUUUUUCGCAGUCGUUCCUGGUCAGGUCUUAAAAUGUAUAUAAUCACUUGGAUUACAAACCCUAACAUUCUAAUAUUAAUUCCACCAAGUGAAGUGCAAAGAAACCACAUCAUAUAAACAAUUAGGAGUUACAACCGUUAAACAAAAGUCAUUGUGUUACAUCUUUUUCUCUGAGUUUAUAUUAAUUUGUGCACGGUCACGGUGAUUGAUCUCAUUGUAUUUUUGCUGAAUUAAAAUGUGCACUGAAAUACGUGGGUAAUAUUUAAUUUAAUGACGUUGAGAGAAAGGCUUUGUGCACGGUGAGGUACAGUUCAACAUCAAACAAAGGUCUUCUAUUAUGUCGGCUUUCACAUUUGCCUCACUUCCAGACCAUCAUAUAUUGACAGAUUAUAGUUUAGUGCCAAUUAAGCCUACGAAAAACUCACCCUGCAUGUUGUUUUUUCCAGUUAGUACUCGAAACCCAACUAUUACUUUCUUCCCUCCGAUCGUUGAUCACAUGAGAAGCAUGUGUCUUCAAGCUCUGUGCAGGUCGAAUGUGUCACGUAUUUAAAUGUGCAUAUAGAGAUAAGAUAAUUUGAACAAAAAGAAAUACUGUAUCUCGUUGUCUAAAGAUUUCGUUUGAUUUCUUUAAAUUGUGACUAUCCCAAUAAAUCAUUUCUCCUCACCGCUCACAAUUCAAAAGAAAUUGAGCGAAAAAUUUUCUACAACGGAAUUUUUUGCAUGUGGAAAUCCAGCCUUAAGCCAGUUUUCCACCAGGCGGAAUUUUGCGCGCGGAGUGGACUUUUUCUUUAUCUUGCGAUUUCUCAGGUGGAACUAAUUAGAAAAGACAAAAGGCCGGUUUACACGACAAGCGUUUUGGGCACGGCACCCCUGAAAAUGGGCACCGUGCCAAAACCGCCACUUCGCUAUUUACUCGUUUACACGACAACAUUUUGUAAACACACUUUUAUGAUAGGCACCGUGCCCAUCGGAAAACGGCACCUCUACUUUCCGUUUACGACGGUAUAUUUUAAAGAAUAAAUAUGUCGGACAGAAAUAGAAUUAUAUAUUUAUAUUUAUUGGAACGAAGAAGAGUAUUAUAUGAGCCGAAAAUCGAGGGAAAAAACCAAUUCAAUACUAGAAAAGUACUUUAAGGCUCAUAUGGGCAAAAGUUAUCCCGGUUAGCGAGAAAACUUUUCGACAAAUUUACAAACGAGAUCUUGCCUUGGUAUGAAAAUAAUAUGAAAAGUUACACUGCGUUCAUAUGAGACAAAACGUUUUCCCGUGUACGUACCGAGAGCUCGCUUGUCAAGUGAUAAUGUUUUUCCCAUAUGAACACAACUCUAGUUCCCGCUUGGCAGGAUAGCUUUCUGUCGUGUCAGUACUGACUUUACAAUUCAAUUGAUAUUCAGUGCUAUGUCACAGCCGGAAACUUUACCCGGUAAGCGGAAUAACAUUUCUCCAUGCAAUUUGUGAACAGAACAAAAGUAUAUUUGGCUAGUGGAAAAGUUUUCUCGUUAACCGAAAUAACCACAGGUCCUUUAAGACGAAAGGAGUUGUUUUCUCGCAUAAAUGUUGUGCCAUCUUGUAUUCACCCGCCACGAAUUCGAGAGGUAUGGACGCAUCGAACGACAGCUAUUUGCUACGACCUAGUUACUGCUCUCUUCAGCGACGAACAGUACGUGGUAUCAAAAUUUCCGAGUCAACUAGAGCAACAUUCACAUUCUGUGUUAUUUAAAUUUGUUUUUAACCUUUUUUUUUGGCAAGUUGUAGUUUUUCGCCGCUUGCUGCCAUGUUGGAAAGAAGACAAUUUGUUUUGCGCAUGCUCGAUGUCGAACACAUUUUUAUUUUUUUCGAAAUUUGGGCACGGCACCCCUUGCUAGACGUGCCGAGACUACCUCGUGAGAAAGUCUCGGCACGUUUAAAUUUUGCGGCACCGGUGCCGAUUAUUGUCACGUUUACACGCCAAAAGGCAGAGGUGCCGUGCCUAAAAUUUUGGGCACGGGUGCCCAUUUUUAGGGGUGCCGUGCCCAAAACACUGGUCGUGUAAACCGGCCUAAAGAAAAAUUCCGCUCCGCCCGCAAAAUUCCGCCUGAUGGAAAACCGGCUUUAAGGCCGUUUUCCACUAGACGGAGCUUUCCACGCGGAGCGGAAUUUCUCUUUGUUUUUUUGUAAUUAGUUCCACCCGAGAAAUGAUAAGACAAAGAAAAAUUCCGCUCCACGCGGAAAAUUCUGCCCAGUGGAAAACGGCGUUAAUUUAAGGCUGUGAAUUUAACCGGAACAUGUAUGAGUAAAAAGCCUGGGCUUUUCGGAACGAGGAUGAAGUCAAUAAUCUCCAAAACCAACCAAGUUUAUCAUAACACAGCGGACAGUUAAAGCGCCAGAUUCCCUAAUAAUAUCACUCACAAUUUUAUCUCAACAUCUUUUAGCUACAUCAUGCGGAUCAUUCAAACACGGUCCUUCAGGUGAAAUCGAGUCUCCCAAUUUCCCAUCAAGCUAUGACAACGAUCUCUACUGUACUUGGAAAAUCACGGUUCCCACUGGCAAGAAAGUUCGUAUUGAAUUCUCCGAGUUCAAGACUGAAGCUGGAAAGGAUAUUUUGUAUGUGUUUGAUACUGAUAAAACUGAACCCAUUCUGGAGUUUUCAGGGGUCGGAUAUAAACCACGUGAGCUGACCUCGUCUGGCAAGAGUUUGAGGAUAAGAUUUGUUUCAAACGGAGCUACAGCCAGUAACGGAUUCCGGUUGACAUAUUCUCAAGUUGGUAAGUUUUGUUUUCAUUAACUAUUUAAGGCCCGUUUCAGACGGCGUACUUAUCAUGUGCCGAACUUAAUUGAUGAAUUAGGUACGGCAGAAGAGCGACGUAUGAAUCAAUUAAAUACGGCAGAAUUUGGAGCGGCAAAAGUUCGACACAAGUUCGGCAGAGCUUGUCGCAUUAUGCGACGUUGGAGCGACAUUGAUUCAUACGCCGCUCCACUCAUGUGCCAAACUUAACUUAACUUUAGUCUAAAAAUAAACUUAUUUAUUUUGAAUUUUAUUUAGGUUUCGCUGGCGAAUGCGCCCCGACCUUGUCAAUAACAUUGUAUUUGGUACGCCGUUUGAAUCACCGCCGUUCUUGUGUCGCAUCUAAUACAAUUAAGUUCGGCACAUGAAGAGUACGCCGUCUGAAACGGGCCUAUGUUUUAUUUAACUGAUAAUAGUUUUAUCUAAUGCAGAUUUCGCAGGCUGCGAGUUCUUGCCACCAGAGGCUCAUGACACACAUGCUCGACCAAAAAAGCUUAGCAUAAGGGGUUUGUGGGAGGAAAACAGCAAGUCAUUCCCAACCAACUAAAUACUCGACUCUGUACCGCAGAUAAUUUAUAGCGCAUAGUAAGCUACGUUUACACGCUGCGAUUAAUCGUGUACGAUUCGUUUUCUGGCGUAUGUCAUUGAGUAAACACGCGUAAGCUGGCUACAUUUGAAAUUUCUUUUUAACGAAACAGCAAUGAAUUAUGGCGCCAGCACCCAUUUCAAUACGCCAGAAUACGAAUCGCACACGAUUAAUCGUAGCAUGUAAACGUAGCUGUAUACAGCAGUAUGCUGUGCAGACUUUAAAUUUAUGCACGUGAUCUAUGCUAAUGACACUGUAGUAUUGUCCUAUCUUAAAUUUUAUACCAGCCAAACCUAAAUAAACAAAAUUAAAAAAGCAUAACUCUUUCGAAAAGUGAAAGUAAAAAAUACACAAUUGUUUUUGCAUGACACUUAGUGAACGAAAUGUUCCAUUGUCUUUUCAUUGUUUUGAAAAUCCUACCGUUCCCCAUGCCAGCCAGUCACACGCUGUUUUGACAUACAGUAUUUGUCACGCGGACAAUGUCCGAUCUAUAUGUCAUACUCUGAUAGCCUACUCUAACACUCUUGUGAUUUUUUAGAUUGUGGUGGAAUGUUGACCGCACCAACUGGUGCCAUAACAAGUCCUGGCUUCAAGGGUCAAUAUCCAAGCAAUCGUGAUUGUAUCUGGCUUAUCCACAUGCCCGGCAAACAAAUUGACCUCUCCUUUACAGACUUCAACACACAACAGAGUUAUGAUCGAGUGGAAAUCUACCGGGGUCCGAAGAGUACUGACAGGCGAGAAGUGAAUUUGAGCGGCAUUUUACUUCCUGAUGGUUCAUUUGUGACUAACAACUACAUGUAUGUAAGAUUUACAACCAGUGCUCAAAAUGACAGGCCAUACUAUGGAUUUAAGGCAAAAUAUUUGGAAUAUAUGUAUUAAUUGUUUGCUGCAUGUACGGAACGAUAUAUAUUAAAUGACAUUGCGUCGACAUGUCCUUGCGUAAUCGUAAUAUGUUAGUUGAUUGAAAUCACAAUAAAUGUCGAAAUUAAAAUUAUUGUUGAGAGGAGAAUCUUUUGUAUGUCACGUAAUACGCGCUCAAAACUAGUGAAUAUGCUUUUCCACUUGGUUGUAACUGUAUUCAAUUUUUUACAUUUUUCAUACGUUUCUCAAGCGGCAAACAAACUUAAACAUCAAAAUGCAUUAUCUGUAAAUUUAUGCUAAAGUGAAGAGAUUUAGGUGGUACGCCAAAGAGGAAAUGAUGUCUGAAGUUCAGUGAGUUUUGCUUUUUAUAUAUCGCUGUAUAAAUAUGGCGUCAAUUUCACAGCAUCAAUGACAAUUGUUUUUAAAUUGACAAUUUUUUACUAUUAUUUUGUUUCUCAACCGCCA